AACACGUUACGGUUCAUUUAGAUGGAUUUUAGAUUUUCCGGAAAUUUCUCAUAUCCUCCCGGGGAAGAGUUCAUUUUAGAAAAUUCAUUUCCGUAAACAAAAAAUAUGGAGCUUGAGUCUAGUGGUAAUCAGCAGAAGUGACUACUACAAUAAAUAUGUCUCCGAGAUUUGUAGUUUUCUUUGUAAUCAUACUCUUUAAUUCUGUGUCAAAUGUCCAAGGUGUAAUAUGUCUGUUUUAUCAUCUGAAAUCAGAUUGUGAUUACAGACUGGAUGGAUUUGCCAUGUCCAGAAUCCAGGCCACAAUCAAUGAAUGCAAUGACCCUGUUGAUAUAACGUUAAGAAUAUCAUGUGAAAAGCCCAAACUUGAUUGGAGAAGAACAUUUACAGGUGCUAUAGACACAGAGGAAGUGCCAGGAUAUUGGCAGAAGAUUUACUUACAGGUCAAACAACAGUAUUCUUCAAAUUCUAAGAAAUAUGGCAUUCAGGUGACAGUUCUAUCAGAAAAAUUUAAAAAUGUAGAAAUAAUGAAUUCCACAUUAAAGCUUUAUGGAGAGAACUGCUCUGUCUUAAAUGAGAGAGCCAAGAUAGCUGUAGCAAUUCUAGGAACAUUAGCAGGACUUGCUGUCAUUGGUAUUAUUGUUGUGAUGAUUCUGAAGAAGAGAAGAGAUCGAGCAUUAUCAUACCUAUCAACACCACCACUCGUAGAAAAUGCAGAGCACCCUGAAAAUACAUUUCAUGCUAAUUCUACUCAUGGUGACAUGUCUGAUGAGACAACCUAUCAAAAUAGACCCGAUUUCCAAGACAUGGUCACUUAUUCUGGUCUAACCAGAAAUGACCACCAGAGAUUCUAAUCUCUAUGUGUUGUUGUAAUCAUAACAUUGUCAUUACAAAGAUGUUUAGUACUUUACCAUGAUGGUAGUUAUUUUGUAAAAUGUGAAAGAACAGAUUUUUAUUACAUAUCCUAUUUUUUCAAUUACAUAACCCACAAUAUUGUAGAAUUAUAUGAUAAAGUAAUAGUAGUUAUUUUAUUAGAAAUCUCAUACUUAACAUUAAGGAAUAAGAUUACAUUUAUUUAUGAUGCAGCAGUACAGGUGUUUUAUAUUUUUUUACAAAGGGAAGCCAUUGGUGGAUCCAGGGGGGGGGUCCGAGGGUUGGAACCCCCCUUUUUUUGGCCGAUCAAUGCAUUUGAAUGGGGACAUAUAGUUGAAACCCCCUUUUGUCCUGGGUUGGGAACCCCCUUUUUAAAAUGGCUGGAUCUGCCCCUGGGAACUUUAUAAAGAGGACACAAUCUGUUUAUUGAGGAAACAAUAUUUCAUUGUAAUUGAAUUAUAAUGUAGUCACAAUUUUAAAUAAAUUACCUUUUGUAUUUUCAGGGGGAUGGGGGUAGUGGUAAAGUCUAGGUUAAUUGGUCUGUUAGAUCCAAAGCUGCCAUUUUGAAUCUCUGAAUUUCUGUGAUUUCAUCAAUUAGUAACACAACAAACAUAUAUCUCACCUCAAAAUCAUUUCUGUUAGUUAAAUUUUAUUUUCUUCUAAAUUAUAACAUAAUGCUUAUUCAUGUCAUAUUUAAAUUUAAAUUUGAUACUAAAAGCAUACAUGAUACAACGAUAUUAUACUAUUCCAAAGAAGAGAAUAAUGUUUCACAGAAUUUUCCAGAGAUAAUAUUUUUACACCCAAAUGAAGUCUUUAAUGGGAAACUGUGUUUAAUUUGUUAAAAUGACAAUAACUGUAUUGUAUAUUAAACUUCAUCCAUGUAAAAUGUAGAUUUCACUGUAGCAAUAGAGUUUACCUAGUGACACGAGGCAGAGUUAUCUCCCAAAUGUACUCCAUAUUUAUUGCUAAUUUUUUUUAAUGUGACAAAUUUUGUGUGUUAGGUGUAAAGACGUCUUUAUUUUUAAUUACCAUUGCUCAAAUGUGUACCACUUCAAACCUGGGUUCAGUGUAAUAAGAUAAGUUAACUUUGUUGAUUUGAAUGAUUUUUUUGUUUGUAAAAAUGCAUAUUUAUAUUUCAGUUUUAUGGUGUAUUGGGUUCAAUGUUUAAUUUUAAGAAUGUAUAUAGAUUUAAAUUUGGUGUAAUACUGAAGAUAGUGCCAUGUAAGUGCUUAAACUUUUGUAUUAAAAAAAAUCUUUUUUGAUUAUGUGCAGACUGGUUGUAAAAAGUUUCCCUGGUACUUUUAAUUACCUUGUAAUCAUGUUUUUUUAAGGUUAUGAAUGAGUUCAAUUAUUCUAAAUUGAAACUAAAAUUCAAAUUUGAACAAGAUUGAUUUAAUUAGACACCAAGAUAUCAUAUAAUUGAUUAAGAUUAGAUUUGUAUACUGGUCUUAUAAUUGAUUUUGGUCGUGUUAUAAGAACUUUAUGAAAAAUAAAUUUAUAUCAUAGCACAGCUUAUAUAUUUUUAAAAAUACAUAUAGUGAAUGGGUUGUACAUAUACUGAAUUCAGGGAGUUUGAUACAUUUAUUUAUAGGACCCCUUUGGUUUAAUUAUUCACUUAUAAAACAUGAAUAUUUCUAUAUGUUUUUUUUCUAUAUAUUUAAUUUGCUUAGACUAGAUAUUUAUAGGCAGCAAUUUUCACACAACAAUCGUAAAACAUAUUCAAAAGUCCCCAUAUAUAACCAUUGAUUCCAACAUUUUUGGGGUAGAAGUUUACAUAUAUAUGGCCAGCUUAAAUUGCAUGUUUCCUAUAUUUAUAUUAAGGUUAGUGACAUAUUCUGUUGUUUAUCAAGGAUUCAUUAUAAGAGUGAAUUGUCAUGGUUGUGUUUAUUGUUAGAAUGAAAUGUCAUGGUUGUGUUAUGUAAAAUGUCUAACCACAUAAAACAUGUUGAACAUAUUACAUUAACUUAUUUUCAAUCCUUAAUGAACCUCUGAUUGUGGAAAAAGUGAGCCACAAUGAAAUUGACAUUGCACAAAAUAUAGCUGUGUUACUAUAUUUAGGAAAUAAACACAACUAGUUGCAGUAUAAAACAUUAAUUGGUUUAAAUUGGCAAGAUAAUUUCCUUUUUGUGAAUUGUUUUUUAAAAGAAUGAUUUAAAAAAGUAUUCAAAUUGUUUUUAUGAAGCAUCAUUUUUUGUCUCGCCUGCAAUGAAGGUCUCAAAAUGGAAGACAUAGGGAUUACAAUUAUGUGACGACAAUGUAAACUCUUUGUACAUAGCAUUAUUUUUCAAUAGUAAUUAGACCUGGAUGUUUCAUACCUUGUAUACAGAUGCCAUAUAAUCAAAUUAUGUUAUAUUUUUGUCUGUCAUAUGUCCAUUGUCCUUGAACUCAUUUUCAUGGUUCAGAAACUGCUUCUUUUUUUUGUUUUUAUGUCAUAUAAAAAUCCCUCUAAUUAUGAGUCAUAUGAUAACUAUAUUAAGUUUAUGGGAUUCUUGCAAGAUCUACAUGUUAUCUGAUCAAGAUUAGUUUUUUCUUGGUCACAUCAAUAUCUCACAUACCAUAAGCUAAGAGUCAACUAUAUUUGGUGUUAGAAAUGAUAAAAAGGUGUAUACUACCUCCUAGCAGAUUUCAUCUGAUCUUGACAUAAUGUUUACGGUUAAUUGGUCAAUUUUAAGUUUUCAUGGUUUGUCUGUUAUUCCAUACUGAAAGAAUUAUUGUCUGUAUGGUAAACAAGUCUGUCUAUCAGUGUUUAUCUGACCUUGACCUUAUUUUUAUGGUUCAUUGGUCAAAGUUCUAUUACUUUAGUAAGACCUGUUUCUCAGACACUUUUUAAAAGCUAUUUGUGAACUAUAUUUGAUGUUUGGUGUAAAUAAUGAAGUAAGCAGACGAGACAUUUCAGCAUGUUUAAAGUAUUUUGAUUCAAUGUGUUGUUAUAAAUGUAAAACAAAAGCUUUCAAAAAUGUAAUCAAAAUUUUCUUGAUAUUGAUUUACUUCCAGGGUACAAUGUGAAGUGUUUUAUGAACAUUUUGUAUGAAUAUUUUACAAGUAGUUAGGUUAAAGUAUAAUUUACCUCAUAGAUAGGUCAAAUAAUUAAUAAUGAUAUAUACUGAAAUAAAGAAUAAGAUUCAUA